AUGAUUUCCAGGAGAGUGUUGGGAUUUCUUGUCUGUUUGUUUGUUGUUAUCACGUUUAUCUGGAUUACAGUUGGAAAUGGAAAAGUGCACUACCUCCCGUAUUACCUUCCUUGCCCAGAAAUCUUCUCCAUGAAACUCCAAUACACAGAAGAGAAGCUAAUCCAGCUUUUCCCUCAAUUAUUUUAUCAGCAGCCAAGAGUGCUGGCUCCAAAGCAUCAGGAUGUGCUGAUAGUCACACCUUGGCUGGCCCCCAUCAUCUGGGAAGGAACCUUCAAUUCUGAGAUCCUAGACAGUGCCUACAGGCCACUGAAUCUCACCAUAGGGGUGACAGCCUUUGCCACUGGAAAAUACACAAGGUUUGUGGGCCGCUUCUUGGAGUCAGCAGAGAAACAUUUCAUGAAAGGCUAUCAGGUAAACUAUUAUAUCUUCACUGACAGCCCUGAGACAAUUCCCAAUGUCCACCUGCAGCCUGGAUGAAGGUUUGUCAUUGUCCCCAUCAAGAAAUACCCCAGCUGGCAAAAGAUCUCCAUGCGCAGAAUGGAGGCCAUAAACAAGCACAUAGCAGAGACGAGCCAUCAAGAGGUGGACUACCCCUUCUGCCUGGACAUUGACAUGGUGUUCUACAAUGCCUGGGGGCCUGAGACCCUGGGUGAUAUAGUAGCAGCCACACACCCUGGCUAUUUCAAUGUCCCUUGAAACCAGUUCCCUUAUGAGAGGAGGAGCCUACAUCCAGCAGCCUACAUCCCUGAUGGAGAAGAGGACUUUUACUACGGUGGAGCUGUGUUUGGAGGGCUGGUGAAGAAAGUCUAUGAGUUCACCAAGGCUUGCCACAUGACUAUCCUGACAGACAAAGCCAAUGGGAUCAUGGCAGCCUGGCAGGAAGAAAGCCAUCUCAACAGGCACUUCCUCUCCCACAAACCCUCCAAGGUGCUUUCUCCAGAGUAUUUAUGGGAUGACAGGAAGCCAAAGCCCCCUGAAAUUCACCUCAUACGUUUUUCCACAAUGUAAGAUAGUAGUAAAAACUACAAAGAGAUGGGAGAUUGA